AUUUUCUUUAUACACAUAUAUCAUCAUACAUUAUCUUGCUACGUAAAACAUCGAGUAGAGAAGAUGACGCAAGAGAAUGUUAUGCGCGACAUCCAAAUCGCCAAGCUCGUCCUCAACGUUGGUGUCGGUGAGUCUGGAGACAGGCUUACACGUGCUGGGAAGGUGUUGGAGCAGUUGACUGACCAAAAGCCCGUUUUCUCUAAAUGCCGUUUCACCAUCAGGUCACUUGGUGUCAGGAGGAAUGAAAAGAUCGCUUGCCACGUUACCGUUCGCGGUAAGAAGGCGUUGGAGCUCCUUGAGCGUGGUCUCAAGGUUAAGGAAUAUGAACUGAAGAGCGAGAACUUCUCGAACACCGGUAACUUCGGCUUCGGUAUUCAGGAACACAUUGAUCUUGGUCUUAAGUACGACCCUUCCACCGGUAUUUACGGUAUGGAUUUCUACGUACAGCUUAUUAGGCCGGGUUACCGUGUUACCAAGCGCAGGAAGUGCAAGUCCAAGAUCGGAAAGCAACACAAGGUUACCAAAGAGGAUGCCAUGAAAUGGUUUCAGGAGAAGUUCGACGGUAUCAUCUUUAACUGAUGGUGCCUACACAACGCAGAGAGACUCACGUAUUACGCGU